GGAAGUCCCUGCUGACUAACUAGAAGAAAGGUUUGCUUGUUUGAUGUAUGCUGUGUGUAUAUAUAAAGUAACUUAACAGACCGGGAUGCAGAAACAUGGAAAACAAUUUUUCAUACAACCAGUCUGUGGUUCCGACAACAGCAGAAGGUCAAGCUCAAAGCAGAGGAACUUCAUUUUCUGCCCAGGGUGGAAGCGUCAUCAGCGCAUCACACUUUAAUGAUGUCCAUGUACAAGGCAAUCUAGUCACCAACAUAAAUGUCCAUCCUCCUGCCAGAACUGAUGGGUCUGAUGCUGUUUCUGACAAAUCCAAAGAAAAUGUCAAGAGGAGCCAAGAUGAACUUAAAUCUUACCUUCUAUAUAAAACGAAGAGCCUGCCUGAAGGAACAGAGGGUGAACCUGUGACUUCCUUAAACAAGAUCUACACAGAGCUUUACAUCAUAGAGGGAGGCAGUUGUGAGGUCAAUAGUGAACAUGAAGUGAUUGAUUUAGAAUGUACAAGGGGUACAAGUGUAGAGAGGAAAAUCCAUCUCCAUGAAAUUUUUAAAGCCUCAUCAAAUGAAGAGGACCCACCUCAGAGAGUUUUGACGAAGGGAAUUGCUGGCAUUGGAAAAACUGUUGGUGUUCAAAAAUUCACUCGGGAUUGGGCAGAUGGAGCAUCCAACCAAGCCUUCCAGUUUGUUUUUCCCUUUACAUUCAGAGAGUUGAAUUUGUUAAGAGAUGAGGAUUGGAGUCUUUUGGACUUGAUAAAAUACUUUUUUGAUGAUGAGGAGGAUUCAAACAUGCCCGAUUACAACAAUUAUAAUGUUCUGUUCAUCUUUGACGGUCUUGAUGAAAGUCAGUUCCCUCUGAAAUUUGGUGAAAAUGGCCUCUGUCGCAAAAUUACAAAGAAGACCAAAAUAGAUGCCCUACUAACCAACUUAAUAGAAGGGAAACUGCUGCACAAAGCCUCAGUCUGGAUCACAAGUAGACCCGCUGCUGCCAAUAAGAUUCCUCUCAAACACAUCAACAGAGUGACAGAGGUGCGAGGGUUUGAUGAUGAGCAGAAGAAAGAAUACUUUCUAAAGACAAUCAGUGAUGAGACAAUAGCUUGCAAGAUCUUGGAUCAUCUUCAGUCAAGGGCACUGAGAAGUCUGCACAUCAUGUGCCAUAUCCCUUUAUUUUGCUGGAUUUCAGGCAGAGUCCUUCAAAGUCUCUUUGGAAGUUGUGAUGAAAGCGAGUUGCCCAAAACUCUAACUGAGAUGUAUACACACUUCCUGAUCAUCCAGACACAGCGGAAACAGCAAAAGGAUUACCAGGAAGGCAAUGCCAACACAGAUGUGAUUAUGAAACUGGGAAAGUUGGCAUUUGAACAGUUACAAAAGGGUAAUAUAAUAUUCCUUGAAAAAGACCUGAAAGAUUGUCAAAUUGAUCUGAAACAAGCUGUUAUUUAUUCAGGAGUUUGUACACAAAUCAUAAGAAAAGAACAUGGUCUAUACAAACAAGAGUUUUACUCCUUCAUACACUUGAGUGUUCAGGAGUUUCUCGCAGCUCUGUAUGUACAAGAGACUUUCAUGGAUGGAGGAGGAAACCCUCUCAGCCGGAUAAGAGUCCAGUCACAAGAAGGAGGAAGUCCUGUCAUUUUCCUCCACAUGAAUGCAGUCAACAAGGCUCUGGACGCUAAAGAUGGACGAUGGGACUUGUUCCUACGCUUCCUUCUGGGGCUGUCUCAAAAGAAAAUUCAGGAGCUUCUCCAGAAAGUUUUGGGACUUAAGGAAAGAUGUCUACAGAGCAGCCAGGAGACCAUCAACUACAUUCAUGAGAUGAUCAGGAAAGUGUCUUAUGCCGACAAGAGUAUUAAUCUGUUCCACUGUUUGAAUGAGUUGGGUGACCAGUCUCUUGUAGAGCAAGUCCAAAAUUACCAGAGUUCAGGGGAUGUUACUAAAAUGUCACCCUCCCAUUGGUCAGCUUUGGCGUUUGUGCUGCUUGUUUCCAAUGAAGACCUUUCUAUCUUUGAUCUGAAGAAAUACCAUGGAUCUGAUCAAGUUCUGGAGAGGCUCCUCCGAGUGCUCAAAGCAUCAAGAAAAGCUUUGUUAAGUGACUGUAAACUCACUGAUAGAUGCUGCAAAUGUAUUGCCUCAGUUCUUGGCUCCUCCUCUGGUCUAGAGGAGUUGGAUCUAAGCGGAAAUCCUCUGUACGACUCUGGAAUGAAAAUACUCUCUGAUGGCCUCAGAAGUCCCAACUGCAAACUCCAAACACUCAGUUUGAGACAAUGUGGCAUUACAGAAGAAGGGUGCAGAUCUUUGGCCGGGGAUCUGGCUUUGAAUCGGUCCCACCUGAAAGAGUUGGAUCUCAGCCACAAUAAGCUUGAUAAUGAAGGACUGAUAAUGCUUUCAAAUGUUCUGGACAAAUGCCAUUUGGAAACACUGAGGUUAACUGAGUGUGGCGCUACAGAAGAAGGAUGCCGAGAGCUGGUCUCAGCUCUCCACUUGAAUCCAUCUCAGCUCAAAAUCCUUGAUCUGAGCAGGAACAGUGUUGGAAGUGAAGGAGUUGCUCUGCUCUCUAGCUUCCUGAGGAACCCUGACUGCCAGCUUCACCAAUUAGGGCUUGAAGGUUGUCGGUUCACAGAGAGUGGCUGUGCUGCGUUGGCUUCCAGUCUGAAGUCAAACCCGGUACAUCUUAGAGUUCUGAAUCUGGGAAGAAAUGAUCUCAGAGACUCUGGAGCUGAAAACCUUGCCAAAUUCUUGGAAGAUUCACUUUGUCAGCUGGAGAUACUGAAGCUUUUAAAGACCAAACUUCAAAGGCAUGACGCAGAAGUCCUGGUGUCAGCCUUGGUUUCAAAUCCUUCCCACCUCAAGGAACUGGACCUGGGUCUGAAUGACAUUGGUGAUGAGGGAGUGAAGGGAAUUUCUGCUCUUCUGAAGAAUCCCAACUGCAAAAUGGAAGCACUGAGGCUUGAAGGUUGUCGGUUCACAGAGAGUGGCUGUGCUGCGUUGGCUUCCAGUCUGAAGUCAAACCCGGCACAUCUUAGAGUUCUGAAUCUGGGAAGAAAUGAUCUCAGAGACUCUGGAGCUGAAAACCUUGCCAAAUUCUUGGAAGACUCACUUUGUCAGCUGGAGAUACUGAACCUGAGGUGCUGCACCUUAACAGAAGUGGGCUGCCAGACUGUGGUUGCUGCUCUGAGCAAUUCCUCCGCUCUCAAAGAGCUCGACCUGAGCUUCAACCAGCUCAAGGAAGAGGAAUUGAAGCUGCUCUCUGGCUGGCUGAAGAAACCCUUCUGCAAACUUGAGAUAUUGAGCCUCUCUGGAUGUGGAUUAACAACAGUUUUCCAGACAUUGGCUGCUGCUCUGAGCUCGUCCUCAGCACUCAAAGAGCUUGACCUGCGCGACAACCCUCUCAAGGACCAGGAGCUGAGGCUGUUCUCUGACUGGCAGCAGAAAACCUGCAGACUGGAGAGACUGAGGUUGCCAGAUUCCCUGGACAGCAGCGAGAAGUCUCUGGCCCCAGUUCAGAGGUCCGAGUCCUCGUUCCUCGGAGAGCCGGAUCCGGACAAGAGUCGGCCAGCAGGAAGGGGUUGGAAGCUGCCCUCUGAUUUCCAGCAGAAAAUGUCCAACGAACUGAUGCUGCAGCAUCAGAACAGUGUGCUGCCUGAGCAGCUCUGAGACAUGACCCAACUGGACAAGGUUGACUUGAAAACAUGCAAACAUCACAGGUGAACAACACAUGUGGCUGAUCUGCCACUUGAGAGAGACCAGGGGCCUCAUGCACAAAAAACGUGCGUAAGCAACUUUCUACGCUCACGGUCGGAUGUUCAAAAAGUGAUUUGAACGUGGAAAGUUGCGGUCCUUCAUGCACAAAUCAUGUCUGGCGUAUGCACUUAUCUGAGGUUUUGUCCGUUGGCGACACUCACCGGUGAUGCAGUCAACUGCAGAAUAUGAAGAAACGUAACGUUAACAAUAAGUUCACGACCACAUGAAGGACACGACAGUCCCCACAUCACCAGAUAAGUUACACAAGAGUUGAGCUGCAACAAUCUCACAAUCAACCACAUGAUCUGAACAAACAACUAAAGGCAGGAGCUCAACGAUGGAACCUGCAAAUCCCAAUCGAAGCCUUGGUUCCGUUAGAGCACAGGUGUCAAACUGAAUCCCAGAAGGGCCGGUAUCCUGCAUGUUUUAGAUGUUUCACUGCUUUAACACACCUGAUUCUAAUUAAUCAUCAUCACCAGCUUGUCAUCAAGGCCUGGAUAGUUCUGUUGAUGACACAGUCACUUGUAUCAUGGUGCAAUGAAGCAGGGAAACAUCUAAAACCUGCAGGGACACCGGCCCUCGAGGACUGGAGUCCGACACCCCUGCGUUAGAGGAACCUGCUGAUGCAUCAGAUCACACCGAUCUGCUGGUCCAGGACUAAGACUGGACCAUCAGCUGGUUUAGGUACCAACAGGAUCCUUCUGGAUCUCUGUCCUGAACUGGACCAGCUGCUCCGGUUUGGACCAACAUGAUGCAUCAGCUGGAGCUGCAGACAGGUCGGACAUCUCUGUCCCCAUGACGACCGUAUGGGACAACUACUCGAGAUAAAAGCCAGAUCCUAAAACAUCCCAUAACUGUGUCUGGACCGAAAAACAUUAAAAUACAUUUUACAGCGAAAAAACGGUUCUGUAAAGUUGUCUUUUAAAAUAAAACUAAGAUGUCACGGAAAGGGUGGUUGGUACGAACUGAUGUGACUCGGCAACGAAUGAAUGAAGUUGAAUGAAUUAAGUUUUUAUUGAAUGUUUAGGCAACUUUUAGAGUCUGAUAUUGAGUCAGUUGCAGCUGCUGCAGGACUCCAGAAAGUGUUUCUCCGGUGAUGGAGGCCGGGACUAAGACCGGUCUCUCCUCCUGUACACGAGGCCCCAGGUCCAUCAGAUCUGUGAGUCAGAAACUACUAGAGCUGCAUCGUCAUUUUAUUAUAACUGUUUGGUGACUGUCUGACACACGCACUUGCAUUAAAUCAUGUUUUAAGGGUGGAUAAUAUUGUAUUGUAAUGGGAAAAUAACAAUGUAUUCUACAUUUCGGACACAUGGUAAUACUCACUGUCUGAGUCUUGGAAAUGCAAUCAUCUUAUCGUAUGCUCUUUGUUUGUUGUUUAACUUUAUCUGAAUCCAGGAAGGAACUAUUGUCGAUUACAAUCGACAAUACCUGUCGAUUGUAUUCAGACUGUUUUACAGACUUGUUUACAGACUUGAUGACAUUUACUUACCGUACACAAUCUUUGUCUAUAACACACACCUACUGUACUGUACACCUUGGAGCAAACCAUCAAUGUGCAAUUAUACUUUGUUGUGAUUGUAUGCUGAUCCCAGUACUUUCAUGCACAGGUCCGUGUAAAAUGUAUUCAUUUUCUGAUUAAAUAAAUAAUAUCAAUAUCUAUUCAAA